CGCCUCAGUCGUGGAUUGCCAGCGAGCGACGUCUGUGCGCGAUUUCACCACCUCAGCGACGACCGCUGCGACCCGGCGCAACGACGUUUAGAACGGCUGCGCCGCCGGACAGGCCACCAGCUGCCAUCCAGGCAAAAGGCUAUCAGCCAAGCGAGCCGCGGCCGCGGGCGCAGAAAUGAGCAAACAAGUGGAAAAGGCCGACAAAGCAGCGGUCAAAGCCGCUAUCCAAAAAAUGAGCAAGCAGGUCGAGCAGCAAGACGCGGCCGCGGCCGCGGCACCGGCGCCAGCCGCCUCUCAAGGACCGCAGCUCCCGCCCUUCGCCGUCAGCUACGACCCCAAGGACGUCGCCGAACUCGCGUCACGAUUAUCCCUGGAAGAGUACCCCGUAGUCCAACUCGAAACGGGCGAAUUAAGACUCGCACCUCAAUUCCAUUUGAUAGGACGCUGCGGCAAGGGCUUCAUCUCCUGCCAGUGCGAGACGGAGCCGCGCGGGGCGGAUUAUGUGUAUACGAACCUACCGGACCCGAUCAACACAUCCAUGGACGCCCUCGUCAGAAGGUGGUGCUGCCUGGUCAAAAACUCACCAGCCAUGGGCGGCUUUGCCGCUGACCAGUGGUAUAAUGCGCAUGGUAGUCGAACUUUACAGGCUAUUGAGAGGAAGCAGGCAACACUAAUAACGUGCGUUGAUGGAUUUGUGGACAACUUGCUCGAGGAUCCCAACUUAGCUACUUUAGCUCGAUUGGCGGGCCUGCCGGACGGCGUGCAGACUCAGCAUGCUAUCUCAGUGAUUAGUAGAGAAGCGAAGCAGGCUCGCAGUGCCUUCUUAGCUGGAGACUGGGCGCUCGUUACGAGGCUGGGGGGCACGCUGCUGCACAUCUCCAUCCAGACGUCGGAUCCCGCGGACGUGCCUUCUGAUGAUGAGGAUAUUCAGAGGUUGUUCGCCGCCGUGGACAUCCUCCAGAGCGUGUUGAGUUCGGGCUAUUCCAAAAAUUGUUGGCGCCUCGCGCCGGAGAGCUCGCGCGCGGGCUACGGCUUCGCGUGUGCGACCAAGCGGUUGCCGGAGAAGCCGGACUGCCCCAUCGGGGAGAAGCCCGAGGGCUAUGACGAUGUGGAUUAA